AUGCUCCGCAGCGGCCUGCCUCUUCCGCAGCAGCUGCUGACCCUGCACCCACGCCUGCCUCUCCCGCUGCCGCUCCCCGCCCCCGCGACGGCUCGUCCGGCCACUGAUGCCCCUCUGGAGCGGCGGCGGCCUGACCCCCAGGCUGUGCCCCCGCCGACACCGCCUCCUGCGGUUCCGCCGCCGCCUGCUGUUCCUGCUUUGGAGGCCGCCCCAGAGGCCCCAACGGCUCCCGAUGCCGCUGAGCUCCUUAAGGGGCUGAACAGACACACGCAGCGCCGUGCAGUGAAGAAGCAGUGCGCCGGCCUACCCCGGCCUGGCUUUGCUCUGCCCCCGCACUUUCCCCCCGCUGCUGAUCCUCGGCGGCUGCCUGGAGCCUCCCUGGAGCCUGCUGGAAGGCGCAGCUGGCGCCUCGCCCCUCUGCCGGCUCAGCAGACUUCCCGGCGGCUGCGGCGGCCCCUCUCCGUACUGUCGUACUGUUCCACAGCGUGCUCCUAA